AUGGCCCGAGGUGCGGAGGAGCUGAACAUUAACAACGAUCAAAAUUUAGAUGAAUAUGUUAGCAUUGAUCAAAACACUCUAAGUGAAGAAGAUGCUGAGCUUGCACAUUUAGUCGUAGAACUAGGUGGUGAAACUAAUCAAGAAAAUGAGACGGAUGACGAAAUUGAGGAGAUUCAAGAAGAGGAAAAUAAAUAUAAAAACUUGGAAGCAGCGAGAAUUGUCAUCAUCAGUUCAGCUGCCUUCAUCAUGAGAACACCUACACUGGCCUUUUUGGGCUGCAUUGCAAUCGCAUACCUUCAGCUUGCGGAAUCUGGAACAGUAUCUGGAUCAUCAGCAUCUGCUGCAGCUAGGGCACAGGCUCUAUCUGCUACAUCCAAUAAAAGAGGUCUGGCCAAAUCUGCCGCCCUAGCAGCUGCUGGCGCAUCUGCAAACUCAAAAGCGUCUUCUAACACCGACAGCCUUGCUCAUUCUGCCAGCUCAGCAAAAGCUGCUGCCGGAGCUCAAUCCUUAUCUGGAGCUCAAGGAGUAUCAGCUUCUCAAUCCAGUGCUGGCGCAGGAGCUGCAGGUGCCUUAUCUGGAGCAAAUGCUGGAUCUAAGGGAGCUGGAGCAGUGUCAGGAGCAGGAUCUAUUGCUGGCUCAAGAGUUUCUGGUGUAUCAAGAGAAUCGUCAUCUUCGGGUGCGCUGGCUGGAGCAUUAUCUAGGUCUAGAGUAGCCGGAAAAGUGUCAGGAGCAGGUGCUGCUGCAGGUGCUGUAGCUGGUUCAGGAGCUUCUGGUGUAUCAAGAGGAUCUUCAUCUGCUGGUGCGCUAGCUGGAGCAGGAUCUAGGUCUAGAGUAGCCGGUAGAGUGUCAGGAGCAGGUGCUGCAGCUGGUGCAGUAGCUGGUUCAAAAUCGAGUGGAAAGACAGCCUUCAUCAUGAAAAUAGCAACACUGGCCUUUUUGGGCUGCACUGCCCUCGCAUACUUUCAGCUUGCGGAAUCUGGAACAGUAGCUGGAUCAUCAGCAUCUGCUGCAGCUAGGGCACAGGCUCUAUCUUCUACAUCCGAUAAAAGAGGUCUGGCCAACUCUGCCGCCCUAGCAGCUGCUGGCGCAUCUGCAAACUCAAAAGCAUCUUCUAACACCGACAGCCCUGCUUAUUCAGCCAGCUCAGCAAAAUCUGCUGCUGGAGCUCAGUCCUUAUCUGUAGCUCAAGGUCUAUCAGCUUCUCAAUCCAGUGCUGGCGCAGGAGCUGCCUCUAUCUCCCGCAACACCAACAGCCUUAACGUUGCUCAAUCGAAUGCUGGUGCUGGAGCUACCUCCAUCUCUCAAAACGUAGUUCAAUCUAGCUCAGGAGCAGGAGCCUCAGCGUUGAGUACAGGUGGUGUAUCGCAAUCCAGCAGUCUAGCUGGAGCUUCAUCUUCCGUUAUUGGAUCUACCUACCAGGGUAUUAGACGCGUAUCAGGACAAGUUGGGCUUUCCGGACUACCAGGCUUGAACGGUCAACCUGGCUCCAAUGGACCUUCUGGACCCGCAGGUCCCCCAGGACCACCUGGACCUCCCGGACCCCCAGGCCCCGCAGGUACUCCAGGCCUUAACGGACUUCCAGGACCUCAAGGUCUCCCUGGAUUAGACGGUCUACCAGGACUGCCAGGACCAAUAGGACCAAUGGGCCCAGUGGGACCUCAAGGCAUCGCAGGACCUGAAGGACCUAGUGGACAAGAAGGACCUGCUGGACCAGCCGGACAACCAGGGCCAAAAGGAUCUCAGGGAUUGAGAGGACCCAGAGGACUACAAGGUAUCCAAGGACCAAUCAGCUACGGACCCAUGAUUCAACCACAGCCCAUCCAGUACCAGGUACCAUCUCAAACCCUUGCUGUAUCUAGGUCAUCAGCAACUAGUUCAUCUCAAGUAGCUAGCGGUGAAGCAUCUGCAGGUGUCUUAUCUGGAGCAAUUGCUGGAUCUAAUGGAGCUGGAGCAGUGUCAGGAGCAGGAGCUAUAGCUGGCUCAAGAGUUUCUGGUGUAUCAAGAGGAUCGUCAUCUGCUGGUGCUCUGGCUGGAGCAGGAUCUGGAUCUAGAGUAGCCGGAGGAGUGUCAGGAGCAGGUGCUGCUGCAGGUGCGGUAGCUGGUUCAGGAGCUUCUGGUGUAUCAAGAGGAUCUUCGUCUGCUGGUGCGCUGGCUGGAGCAGAAUCUGGGUCUAGAGUAGCCGGAGGAGUGUCAGGAGCAGGUGCUGCAGCUGGUGCAGUAGCUGGUUCAAAGUCGAGUGGAAGGAGUGCCGCUGUAGCUGGGGCUAAAGCUGGAGCUGCUACCAACAGUGUUGCAUAA